AUGCUGGAUGGGGUCGCUGAUAACUGGACAGACUCACAUAUUCACGCCUCGCAGUAUCCUAAUGCUGGAAUCUUCGGAAAGUCGACGCUGUUGGAUUGGCUCCAACAAUACACUUUUCCUCUAGAGUCUUCCUACGGCAAUGUCAAGUCUCCCAUGUACAAGGACGCUGUCGAGCCUCCAGAUCCGCUCGCCCGGGCGAAGAAGGUAUACAACAGGCUUAUCGACCGUACUUUAGCCAACGGCACCACUACCGCUUCAUACUAUGCCACUAUCCACGUGGAAGCGACAAAUCUGCUGGCGCAAAUUGCCUUCGACAAAGGUCAACGGGCAUAUAUCGGACGUGUAUGCAUGGACAGGCCGGAGACUUGUCCAGAUUAUUACCGAGACGAGACCACCGAAGAGACAAUAGCGAACACGAAAGCGAGCAUCAAAUUUUGUAGAGACCUAGAUCCGUCUGGUGAACUCCUAGCACACAUCAUUACCCCCAGAUUCGCGCCUAGUUGUCUCCCAGAGACCUUGACUCAACUUGGUGCACUUGCGAAGGAUGAGGACCUCAGAAUACAGACUCAUAUAUCUGAGAACCUGAAUGAGGUCAAGCUUGUCCGCGACUUGUUUCCCGAUCAAGAGAGCUACGCUCAUGUCUACGAUCAUCAUGGGCUGUUGACGUCCAAGACCAUUCUGGCACACGCCGUACAUCUGAGCAAGGAGGAGAUGCGUCUGGUCAAGCAACGGAACUCAAAGAUCAGCCACUGUCCAGAUAGCAACAGUGCCUUGGGCAGCGGACUCUGUCCCGUGCGGGAGAUGCUGGACCAAGGGAUCGAAGUUGGUCUUGGUACCGACGUCAGUGGAGGAUACAACCCGAGCAUUCUGGACGCGGCGAGAAAUGCUUGCAUCGUGAGCAGGCAUGUUGGCUUCCUCAACAAUGGAGACAGCAGGUAUAACCUUGGUGUGGCCGAGUCGCUGUGGCUGGGUACCAUGGGUGGAGCCAAGGUUGUGGGAAUGGAAGGUCGUCUCGGGGGGUUUGAGGAGGGUAUGCUCUGGGAUGUACAGGAGAUCACCUUGGGCGAAGUCGACGAAGACGGCCAAGGCGAAGAUACAGCGGUUGACAUAUUCGGAUGGGAAUCUUGGGAAGACCGAAUCGGCAAAUGGCUGUGGAAUGGAGACUCGAGGACGGUAGCACGGGUAUGGGUUGGAGGGAGACUGGUGCAUGAGAGGCGAUAA